CCCACAUAUCGGGUUAUUAUAGGUGUACGAUUUUAUUAUCAGUGUUUUGAUAAGUCUAAUAAGUAGAGGAGAGGAGGAUUCUGACCCAGAUUAACUUUUGUCACUGUAUGAAAAAGUGGGUGUCUGACAUCGGUAUUUGUUGUUUUACAUAAAAUACAUUAGAUACCAAUAUCUUCUUUUCUGCAGACCAGGUUGAGGGAAUGUGCAGUCAGCACUUCGACAAUAUUAUAGAGUAUAUUAUAACUGUGUGUCAUAAUAUUUGUGGGUGUUAAAACCAGUCAGCCAGCCGCCAUGUCAGGUAUGCUGUAGACAGCUAUUUUAUCUCCAAGGUUACUGACAACACCAGCAAGUGUGAGGCAUUGAGAAAUGGAAUGUUUUUAAUCUGAUGAGCAAGAGAGAAACCUUACACAAGCAGUGGACACUGUCAUUCUAUCCUAUGACAAAUACGCUGAGCACAGUGGCUUUACUCCAAUCAGAAGGACAGACAAAAAGAUGAAGUCCAGCUAUUCUUAUGCUGCUGCUGCUAAAUGGGAGCAUGAUCUCAGUGAGCAACUAUCUGUCAUGGAUGACCAUCGGAUACCAGAGGGCUAUCAACAGUCUGUCAGUGACCCACCCACCUAUUGUAUCAGAGCAGCAGGAGUUCUGAGGUACAACCGCGAGUCUGACAACCACAGGAUAAACUUAAACAUUCUGCCAGCGCCCCAGCCCCUGACAGAGUACCCAGUGAAAUGUGAGUACUGUGGAGAAAACACCAAACCUUCACUGGAUCUAACAUGGGUACAUGCACCUGAGAGAGCGCCAUCCUUCUGCUGUGCCGGGUGGCAGCAGCUGUGUAUGAUACUGGUGAAGCAGAGAUGCUUGGUUGACGGGAGAUGUGACCUGAGGAUUGGUACUCCAACAUCACCGGGAGACAAGCCAGCCACAAAGAUGGAGGAGCAUCUCUUCCAAGGCAGGGAGAUGGAGGAUCACAACAAGUUUAUCAUGGAUUUACCGAGUGGACUUGGGAAACAAUCAGAAUUGAUAAUCUACGAGGAUUACUCAAUCCAGCUACCUGUAACAGAAACAUUUGCCCCAACAUCAAAGGUCCUCCGCUUCCGACUUUCUUGUGCACCAGGAAAAGGAUGCUGGACAGUGUAUCCUUUCAGCGCAACCGAGAAGCACUUGAAAAUAAAAGAGGAAGAGGAGCCGUCGGUGUUGGUCCCUUCAUGCAACCACAAGCCACUUCAGUUUGGCAUAUGUCAUCAGGAUGGGGCACGAUGUCUACAGAAGUAUUAUUCCAAUGGCAUGAAAUUUCUUACCGUGUUCCCAGAUGGCUCUGCUCAGGCCUUUUAUCCCUCAGGACUCUUGGCUCUUGUUGUCGUCAGUGAAGAAAAUGGAAGGGUCUGCAUCGUGUAUGAUGACAGCGAUGCCUCCUAUCAACCAAUCAGAGCCAUGUUCCAGUCUGAUGGCAGGGCGACAUGUUAUCACAGCAAUGGAAACAUAUGGCUGACCUUAAACAGAUCAGGCGGUCAGUGUUUGGACGAGGAGGGUGCCAGGGUUCGUCGAUGGAGCUGGAGCAGUCCGUGCCUCACUCCCACUCCCCUGCACCCAGUCUUCCUCUCCCUCAACAAAUCUGUUGGAGUCCGAGUCCUAGCAAAGGAACAAGUGUUUGUCUCCUUUCUGGCAAGAGGCCAACAGGCAAAAUUCAGCAUGGGUGCCUGCUGCGCUCAGGGUGACUGUAAAACAGAGGGAGCUGCUUCAGGACCAUCAGCAUUGAAGGAGGAGCUGGUAUUGUUGGUAGCCAGAAUCAAGAUCCGCCUGGCCAUUCAGCAUCUCCAUCAGUACCUGAAGAUACCCUCCCAUCCCCAGAUGCCAAGCCCACCACCUCCAUGUUGUUGUCCAAAGGCUCCGGGAAGUCAGUGUUGAUUUGAUAAGUGAGAGCAAAAGGGUCUUUAUUUAUGAGUGUCUUCAAGACUGUCUUUGAUGUACCACUACUCAAGUCAUACUCCACACAGCAGGUCAAAAACCUUUACCCAUAAAGAUUGACUUUUA